GGCUCGCCACCGCCAGCCGCUCCGACCAGCCUCGGGCGCCCGCCCCGUCGCCAUCUCCCUUCGGCCUCCACCGCGCCAGGGUCGCCGCCCCUAGCGGGUACCGCCGCACGCCCGCCCGCCCGCCACCGGCCUCGCUGCUGCCCGCUGCCAUGGGGCCCUUGCCCAAAUUCGGCGUGCGCCAGGGCAACGACGUCUCUUCUGGCCGAACCGGCGGCUGUCGCGGUUCUAUCUUUAACAACAUUAAGGUGUUCGUGCUCUGCCAUGGGAUCCUGCAGCUCUGUCAGCUGCUGUAUAGCGCCUACUUCAAGAGCAGUCUCACCACCAUUGAGAAGCGCUUUGGCCUCUCCAGUUCUUCCUCAGGUCUCAUUUCCAGCUUGAAUGAGAUCAGUAACGCCAUCCUCAUCAUCUUCGUCAGCUACUUUGGCAGCCGGGUGCACCGUCCGAGGCUGAUCGGCAUUGGGGGCCUCCUCUUGGCUUUGGGUGCUUUUGUCCUCACCCUCCCACACUUUCUCUCCGAGCCCUACCAGUACACCCUGGCCGGCGUGGGAAAUAGCAGCCACUUCCAAGCCGAACUCUGUCAAAAGCAUUCGCAGGACCCACACCCUAGUAAGUGCCACAGCACCAGCCAAGACUCCCAGAAGGAGACCAGCAGUAUGUGGGGCCUCAUGGUGGUCGCCCAGCUGCUGGCUGGCAUCGGGACAGUGCCCAUUCAGCCCUUCGGGAUCUCCUAUGUGGACGACUUCUCGGAGCCCAACAACUCGCCCCUAUACAUCUCCAUCCUGUUUGCUAUCUCGGUAUUUGGACCGGCUUUCGGGUACCUGCUGAGCUCUGUCAUGCUGCAGAUCUUUGUGGACUUCGGCCGGGUGGACACAGCUGCAGUUAACCUGAGCCCCAGAGAUCCCCGAUGGAUUGGAGCCUGGUGGCUGGGCCUGCUCAUUUCUUCUGCCACCUUGGUUCUCAGUUCUUUCCCCUUUUUUUUCUUUCCUCGAGCAAUGCCCAGUGGAGUCGAGAGGUCUCCUGCCAUAGUGGAUGAGACAAGGAAGAUGGAUGACAUCAAGCCAAGAAGCUCCCUGGUGGAUUUCAUUAAACGGUUUCCCCGUAUCUUCUUGAGGCUCCUGAUGAACCCACUCUUCAUGCUGGUGGUCCUGAGCCAGUGCACCUUCUCCUCUGUCAUUGCCGGCCUCUCCACAUUCCUCAACAAGUUCCUGGAGAAACAGUAUGGCGCCUCAGCGGCCUACGCAAACUUCCUCAUUGGUGCUGUGAACCUGCCUGCUGCGGCCUUGGGGAUGCUGUUUGGUGGAAUCCUCAUGAAGCGUUUUGUUUUCUCUCUACAAACCAUCCCCCGAGUGGCUGCCACCAUAAUCACCAUCUCCAUGAUCCUCUGUACCCCUCUCUUCUUCAUGGGGUGCUCCACCCCCACUGUGGCAGAGGUUUAUCCCCCCAGCACAUCAAGUUCUAUACAUCCGCAGCCUCUUGCCUGCCGCAGGAACUGCUCGUGCACCGAAGCCAUCUUCCACCCGGUCUGUGGAGACAAUGGGGUAGAGUACCUCUCUCCUUGCCACGCGGGCUGCAGCAAUGUCAACAAGAGCACGGAAGAUUCCAAGCAGCUGACCUAUUUGAACUGCAGCUGUGUGACUGGAGGAUCAGCUUCGGCAAAAACCGGACCAUGCCCUAUCUCGUGUGCCCACUUACUGCUUCCGGCCAUCUUCCUCAUCUCCUUCGUGUCCCUCAUAGCCUGCACCUCCCACAACCCGCUCUACAUGAUGGUUCUGCGUGUAGUAAACCAGGAAGAAAAGUCAUUUGCUAUCGGGGUACAGUUCUUGCUGAUGCGCCUUCUGGCCUGGCUUCCAUCUCCUGCCCUCUACGGCUUAACCAUCGACUCCUCCUGCAUCCGGUGGAACACACAGUGCUCAGGGAGGCGAGGGGCCUGUGCCUACUAUGACAAUGACAGUCUCCGAGACAGAUACCUAGGCCUGCAGAUGGGUUACAAAGCACUGGGCACACUGCUGCUCCUCUUCACCAGCUGGCGAGUUAAGAAGAACAAGGAGUACAACGUGCAGGAGAAGGCUGCCGGCCUCAUCUGAAGCUUGACCCAGAGCCGGGCCACUACCCUGCUCCAGAGAGUGGACCCUGCCCCUCCAUAUGCCUGUAGUUACUAAUGUCAAUAUGGAAUUUCCUUUUAAUUUUUUAAAUAAGAAAGAAAACCCCUUCACCAUUUGCCUUCCCUGCCUCCUCCUCCCAAAGGCCCCUGGAGGGUCCCUGGGGACCACCAUGCACCUCGGCUGGCUGGGCACAGAGCUGGAGGGGCAGGUCUCUCCUGGCUCCUUAGCAGGAACCCCCACAUGCUCAGGCUCCCCUCAGUACUGGGUCCUCCAGCAAGGAUGCCCACAGAGGCAGCCCCUGCCCCCACCAGCUCUCUGGGGGACCGUUUACUAAGUGGAGGGGGAAACAGGGUUACUGCCCAGAGGAGAAAGGGAGUGGGCUGGCUUAUUGAUGACCACACCCAAGCAAGGGAGGGGGCCUGGCUGUCAUCCCCUUUGCCUCUAGGUUUGACAUCAGCACAGAACACCGGAGGGGCUGGUUCCCUUCCUGUCAGAUCCUCGCCUCCUGCCUGGAAGAAGCUGACUGGAAGCAUAGCCAGAUGGGCCCUCUCAGUUCCCCCACCCUCUAGCGCUGGAUCAGGAUAUGACACCCUGAAGAUGGGGCCUCCAACUGCCGUGCAUGUUAGCUCUAGACUCUUCUGUAUACCCGUCUGUCUGUGUGGAGCAACAUUUCACACCACGCUGAAGGCCUGAGGGCGAGUGUGACAUGGCCCUGAUGCCCAGCUACCCACCUUCACAAUGUGGAGGUGAGCCCCUCACCGCAGGGUGAUAAGGACACCUUCCUCAAGUUUCCCUGGCAGCCUUAAGCAGACUUUCCUGUCUGGCCUUUAUCCUCUAGGCCAAGUGAAGAGAGGUGGUCCAAGAUGGCAGAAAAUCAGUCGGCAAAAUAGAAGCCAAUGUGGUUGACUUCCUUGCUGUCAAAUACAGUUGGUAUAAAGCAACAUUUUCUAAGCCUUUUCUCAGUGCCUCCAGAGAGGUGGACAUCCCCUGUGGUCCUGGGUCACGAAAUACUGCUGCUAUGGGUAAAGGGUCAGAGUUAAAGGUCAGUGGAGAAGGCCUUUCAUCAACAGAUCUGUAAUUUAUUGGAGACAAGCUUCGAGUAAACAAUGCCACUACAUGGUUCGCCACCAAGUUUCCCUGUGAUCGUCCCUCCCUUCAUCCAUCAAUACUAGGGCCUCCUCCCAGAAUGUUCUCUCUGGGGGUGAAGGAGACACAGCAAGAAGCCAGAGACUUUCAGCAGGAUCCUGACCCCCUCCGUGCCCCACCUUGUGCCUUUGUGGGACAGAGAGCUGACUCACCCAGCCCCUUGGGCAGCUGGCCACUCCUCUUGGAAGAAUCCUCCAGAAGCAUUCCAGAAACCACCUUAUACGGCGGUGGCCACAAAAUUUGUGUCAGUGGCCAACCUGCUGUGAGACGAGGUCUCUGCAAAAGCUAUUCUAGACAACUGUUUCCAAAGCCACCAGCUUUCUUUCCAGAGAUUUCGCUCAGGAAGGGAGGCUCCAGCAACCUCAGGGGCCGAGUUCAGCAUUUAAAAUGGUUCUGCUUGGGAAAUGAUUCCCUGCAACUAACCCUGGUCCUAUUUGCUGCAAUUUAAACAAAUUCUGAAAACAGUGCCUUUAACUGAGCUCUUGUCUGCAAACCUUCAGAUUUUGGAAGAUAGGUUAUCCUCCCCAGCCUUUAUUCUCUUAUA